AUGAUCACUCGUUUCACUCUUCUUGCUCUCAUACCGGCCCUCGCGCUGGGAGAGCCCCUCAAACAUGCGACACGGGGACAGUGGCUGACGUACAAUCCCAUUGACCCCCAGGCAGAUGCUGGUGCACGAACACUACUCAGCUAUAUCCAAAGCACCUAUGGGAACCACUAUCUGUCCGGUCAGAUGGAUGUCGGGGAAGUGGCCUUUGUCAAAAGCAAUACCGGCAAGACACCCGCCAUCCAGGGAAAUGAUUUUAUGGACUACUCUCCCUCGCGGGUGCAGUACGGCGCGUCCUCUCAUUCGGCCGAAGAUUGUCUUGCAUUUGAUAAAACCGGAGGCAUCAAUACGAUUGUCUGGCACUGGAACGCUCCAACCUGUCUCUACAACACCGCGGACCAGCCCUGGUACAAGGGAUUCUACACCUCGGCUACAUGUUUUGACGUGCAGGAGGCGAUGAAUGAAGGGCCAGGAGGCAGCAACUACCAACUCAUUCUUCGGGAUAUCGAUGCAAUCGCGGUUCAGUUGCAGAAGCUAUCUGACGCGGGGGUCCCGGCCUUAUUCCGCCCUCUUCACGAGCCUGAUGGCGGCUGGUUCUGGUGGGGAGCAAAGGGCCCAGGUCCCUUCAAGCAGCUUUGGGAUCUCAUGUACCAGCGCCUGACACAGUACCAUAACCUACACAACCUCAUUUGGGUUUGCAAUACGGGCAAUCCCUCUUGGUACCCCGGGAACGACAAAUGCGACAUUGCCACCGUCGACUACUAUGCCACUCCCGGUGACCAUGGACCCGCACACGACCAGUGGAACUCGUUGUAUGGUUUGACAAAUGGUCAGAGAAUCCUGGCUUUGGCCGAGGUGGGCGACAUUCCCGAUCCGAGCCAGAUGACCAGCUCCGGGGCGCUCUGGGCCUACUGGAUGGUCUGGUCUGGUAGUUUCAUUGAAGGAGGCAGCUACAACCCCAUCAGCUAUUUGCAGCAAGUGUAUUCUGACUCGAAGGUUGUCACGCUGGACGGGCCGUCUCCGUUGGGCGCAUGGAAGGGCACUUCUGAAGGUAGCAAUGGAGGAUCAUCUUCGUCGACAACAUCGUCUCCAACAACAACCACUUCCAGCCGGCCCUCCACGACUUCGGGGAGCCUUGCCCCUCGAUAUAGCCAGUGCGGUGGCCAGGGAUGGACCGGGCCCACUGCCUGCAAGAUCAAGAGUCUGGGAUUCAAUACUGUCUCCUUCUAUACCGACUGGGGUCUCAUGGAGGGUAAUCCUGGCCAUGUUGUCGCUGACGGUAUCUGGAGUCUGGACGAGUUCUUUACCGCUGCAAGUGAAGCUGGCAUCUACCUGAUAGCUCGACCUGGACCCUAUAUCAAUGCAGAAACCUCGGCCGGUGGUAUCCCCGGAUGGGUUCUUCGUCUAAAAGGCAUCGUCCGCUCAAACAGCGAUGAUUAUCUCCAGGCGACAGAUAUGUACAUGGCCACGGUAGGGAAGAUGAUUGCCAAGGCACAAAUUACCAAUGGAGGGCCGGUGAUCCUGGUUCAGCCAGAAAAUGAGUACACGACAUGGCCCAACGUUGCAGAGUCUGAGUUUCCGACAACCAUGAAUCAGGAGGUCAUGGCCUAUGUCGAGAGGCAGCUUCGAGACGCUGGAGUAGUUGUUCCACUGGUUGUCAAUGACAAUAAAAACCUGGGAUACUUUGCCCCUGGUACUGGACUGGGCGAGACGGACAUCUACGGGAUUGACGCUUAUCCCAUGAGAUAUGACUGUGGCAAUCCCUAUGUGUGGCCAACAUAUCGAUUCCCGCGAGACUGGCAGCAGACACACCGCAAUCACAGCCCUACGACCCCAUUUGCUAUUAUGGAAUUUCAAGGGGGCUCAGGGGGUGGAUGGGAAGGAGUCACAGAAGACAAAUGCGCGAUUCUCGUUAACAAUGAAGCUGUCCGAGUGGUGAACAAGAACAAUUACGGCUUCGGCGUCACCGUCCUCAACAUCUACAUGACGUACGGGGGCACCAAUUGGGGCAAUCUCGGCUACCAUGGAGGAUACACCUCGUACGACUAUGGGGCUGCCAUCACUGAGGAUCGUCAGAUUUGGCGAGAAAAGUAUAGCGAAGAGAAGCUGCAGGCCAACUUCCUAAAAGUGUCUCCCGCGUACCUCACCGCAACGCCUGGAAACGGGGUUAAUGGGUCAUAUACAGGAAGCAAGGACAUUGCAGUCACUCCACUGUUUGGCAACGAGACGAACACCAAUUUCUAUUUACUCAGACAUGCCGACUUUACCUCGACUGGAAAUGUCCAAUACCAACUUCAGGUUUCGACGAGCACUGGGAACGUGACAAUCCCUCAAUUGGGAGGCAGUCUGUCCUUGAACGGAAGAGACUCCAAAUUCCACGUCACUGACUAUGAUGUGGGCGGAUUCAAUCUCAUCUACUCUUCUGCAGAGGUUUUCACCUGGGCCAAGGGAGGCAACAAGAAGCGCGUACUCGUUCUGUAUGGAGGAGCAGAUGAACUUCACGAACUUGCGGUGCCAACACAUCUUCCCCGGCCGAGAGUCGUUGACGGGUCCGGAGUCAAGACUUCCAGAAAGGGAAGCUCUUGGGUUUCACAGUGGCAGGUAACUGCUCAAAGACGGGUUUUGCGUGCAGGAAACCUGGAGAUUCACCUCCUCUGGCGCAACGACGCUUAUCAGCACUGGGUCUUGGAACUACCAGCAGCGCAGCCAAUUGCCAACUAUAGCUCACCAUCCAAGGAGACGGUGAUUGUGAAGGGAGGAUAUUUGCUUCGCAGCGCAUCAAUUGCAGACAACAAACUGCAUUUGACUGGUGAUGUGAACACAACAACUUCCCUGGAGGUCGUUUCAGCGCCAGCAGAUCGACUCGAUGGGAUUGUCUUCAACGGCCAGUCCUUGGAAUCAACUCGCUCUGACAUUGGCAAUCUCGCUGCAACGGUUCACUAUCAACCACCGGCUGUCUCUCUGCCUGACCUGAAGCGUCUCGAGUGGAAAUACCUCGACUCUCUACCCGAAAUCUCCCCCGGUUAUAGUGACGAGAAUUGGACGCCAUUGACAAACUCGUACACGAAUAACACGCGCAACUUCACUGGCCCUACAUGUCUGUACGCCGACGACUACGGCUAUCACGGGGGCUCCCUGAUCUACCGGGGCCAUUUCAAGGCCAACGGAGACGAGUCAUGGGUAUUCCUCAACACCUCUGGCGGCGUGGGCUUCGCCAAUUCAGUAUGGCUAAAUCAGACCUUCCUGGGAUCAUGGACAGGGAGUGGAUCGAAUAUGACCUAUCCCAGAAACAUCUCUCUUCCCCCCGAGCUGUCUGCCGGAGGAUCAUACGUUUUGACAGUGGUGAUCGACCACAUGGGGCAGGACGAAGAGGCACCGGGGACAGACGCAAUCAAGUUUCCUCGAGGAAUCCUCGACUACGCGCUAUCGAGCCAUGAACUGUCCGACCUUGAAUGGAAGAUGACUGGAAAUCUUGGCGGCGAGCAAUACCAGGACUGGACGCGAGGCCCGCUCAACGAGGGAGCCAUGUAUGCCGAGCGCCAGGGAUAUCAUCUUCCAAAUCCCCCUACCUCCCAGUGGAAGUCAUCCAGCCCGAUCAAUAAUGGGAUCACUGAUCCUGGUAUUGGAUUCUAUGCUACUUCGUUCUCCUUGGAUCUGCCUGAGGGAUACGAUAUCCCCUUGAGCUUCGUCUUCAACGCCUCCGCAUCAGAUGCAAGGUCAAGGACGCGCUAUCGCUGUCAGCUCUUUGUCAAUGGAUAUCAGUUUGGGAAAUACGUCAAUGAUCUGGGCCCACAAACCAACUUCCCCGUUCCAGAGGGUAUUCUCAAUUAUAACGGGGUCAACUAUGUAGCCAUAACGCUUUGGGCGCUCGAGCCCCAGGGGGCGUUGGUCGGUGGUUUGGACCUUGUCGCUUCCACUCCUCUCCUGUCUGGAUACCACAAGCCAGCCGCGGCACCUCAGCCUGCUUGGGAGCCUCGGCGGGGCGCUUACUGA